UGCAGGAGCCGUCUGAAUCUCGCAAUGGUUUGUGUUCUGAUGUCCCGUUGUUCUGAACCUCUUCACAGCGGCUCGCCGCGUCGUGGGUCGCGUUGUUCUCCAAUGUGUGCACUUCCCAGCCGCCCGUCACAGAACAACACAGUGCGUAAUGCGUAAUGCGUAAUGCUCGACGCUCGUUGUUGCGUUAUCUGGGUGAGAGGUCACGCGCUCAGGUUUUUUUGGCGGCUGCAGCCGUGCCCGCGCGCAUGGACGCGCGCUUUUGUUGGACAGUCUUGUUUACCCGGAGCUCUCUGGUCCUAUGGGUUUAUAUUAGCCUACAUGCGGGACUGUGAUAGAUCAGACCUGAACUGUUGGUUGGUAGUUGGUCCUCUUAUUUAACGUCCACAACCAUUCGAAGUCAAUGAGAAGAUUGCUAUUUCAUUCUCUUCCUACCACAUUCGUUAGAAAAGUCUCUCAGUGGCUAGAUCAUCUCCAUUUUAUUGGGAGAAAUACCGUUUGUCAUUUAUUUAAUUAAAACGUUAUUAGAUUGAGUAUCAAGGAGUUCUGGCCAUUAACUACUGCAAUGCAGUAAUGAAAUUUGCCCUCAAUGGACUGUUUCCGCUGCUGGUUGCGAGGUGAGACCAUAAAAACUUAAUAUCUUCAGUGGUUGUGUGUAAACCAAUGGUAGACGCCGUAUUUCUUUAGGCUAUGAUCGCAACGUAAUAUUAAUGAUGCCGUCUAGGGAAGACGGUGGCCCCUGCUGUUCAAUCAUCGGUACUGCAUCCUAGCUCAUUGGCUGCGAACCCUAAAGCACUUGUAUUUAAAACACAUUUAAUAGAUAGUGUAUUUAAAACACAUUUAGUAGGUAGUGUAUGCGUGUGCAUUCCCUGUGCCGUGUUGUAUUUUGUUGUAAAGCUGCAUAAUAACAUAAGUAGUAUUGGUAUUUUUUGCUAGGCCUAGCUACCUUCAUGUGCAGAACAAACACUCGCACUAAAAGUAUUUCAUUAUUUGAUUUAUUUAGUAGACGAGUAACUCGACUAAUAGAAUGAUCGGUUAAUCAUUAGACAGAAUAUUCUUCAUUGUGUUAGGGUUUGUUGUUGUGCAUUGUGAAUUGAAUGAAAGAAACGAAUUGACCGAAAAACAACGAUGUUGCUCUUCUAGCCGAAUCAAAUAGUGGUUAUGUUCAUUAAUUCAUCAGUUCAUUAAAAACACAUGAAGAGAAUAAAGUUCAGGGUUCAUGACCACCUGACACGCGCCCCGGUUGUUUACGGUUUUCUCGGUCCACAGCAGUAGGCGAAGCCAUCACCCCGUCCUCUCCUCCCAUUGGCCGUCCUCAUGUUGCCUCGUUGUGAUUGGUCCAAAGGCAGUGCAUUCCCUGGCCAUGUGUGCCGCAUGAACCCCCGAGGCCGUGUUAUUUUGGUCAACCUACAAUGGUCUCACUAUCGUAAACUCAGUGGUUUGCACAGAUAUACACUUAAUUUAAACCGUAUUUAAACCAGCUAGUAUGUUAUAUUUAUUUACAUAUCAGACAUACACAUGAGUAGCAUAAAUAUUAGUUGAUGUAACUCCAAUUUACUGCAAUGUAUUGUUCUACUGCUAGACAAGCAGCUGUAGGUAUAUUACAGUCGUUACGGUAACAGAGCUGCUGCUCCUCAGCUGAAGUCUAUUACAGUCGUUACGGUGGCGCUGCUCCUCAGCUGAUGGGAGAUAUAAAAGCCACCAGUCACUUAUAGUGCGUUAUUUCAUGAAGGCGAUGGACUAUGGAUCGGCAAGACGUCCACCUAGAGACCUGUUCUCUCACACAGAACCCGCUGAGGAAGAUCUGGACUCCGUGUAAGAACGGAUUGCCUGAAGCGCCUAUAUUUCAGAGAAGGGUAUGCAUGACCAACUGCCCGACCCUCAUCGUGACCGUGGGACUCCCGGCGCGAGGGAAGACCUACAUCUCAAAGAAGUUGACCCGCUACCUCAAUUGGAUCGGUGUUCCCACCAAAGAGUUCAACGUGGGCCAAUACAGGAGAGACUUCCUGAAGAUCUACAAAUCCUUUGAGUUCUUCCGCACAGACAACGAGGAAGGACUGAAGAUCCGGCGUCAGUGUGCGCUGUCAGCACUGAGCGAUGUCCAUCAGUACCUCACUGGAGGAGGGGGGCAAGUGGCCGUGUUCGACGCCACGAACACGACGCGCGAGCGGAGGGCAACCAUCGUCCGCUUCGCUGAGCAGAACGGCUUCAAAGUGUUCUUCGUGGAGUCGGUGUGUGAGGACCCAGAGGUCAUCGCAGCAAACAUCGUGCAGGUGAAGUUGGGGAGCCCCGAUUACAUCAACUGCAACGCAGAAGAAGCAGUGGAGGACUUCAUGAAGAGGAUAGAGUGUUACAAGACGUCCUACCAGCCUCUGGACGAGGUUCUGGACAGGGACCUGUCCUACAUCAAGGUCAUGGACGUGGGUCUGCGUUUCCUUGUGAACCGGGUCCUGGACCACAUCCAGAGCCGGAUCGUCUACUACCUGAUGAACAUCCACAUCACGCCGCGAUCCAUCUACCUCUGUCGGCAUGGCGAGAGCGACCUCAACAUCCAGGGACGCAUCGGUGGUGACUCGGGCCUGUCCGACCGCGGCAGAGACUUUGGCCAGGGCUUGAGGAAGUUCAUUGAGGAGCAGCAGAUCAAGGAGCUGAAGGUGUGGACCAGCCAGAUGAAGAGGACCAUCCAGACCGCAGAGGUCCUGGGAGUUCCUUACGAACAGUGGAAGGCUCUCAACGAGAUAGAUGCCGGCGUCUGUGAGGAGAUGAUGUACGAGGAGAUCCAGGACAGCUUUCCACUCGAAUUCGCAAUGAGGGAUCAGGACAAAUACCGCUACCGCUACCCCAAGGGGGAGUCCUAUGAGGACCUGGUCCAGCGGCUCGAGCCGGUCAUCAUGGAGCUGGAGAGGCAGGAGAACGUCCUGGUCGUCUGCCAUCAGGCCGUGAUGCGCUGCCUGCUGGCCUACUUCCUGGACAAGGGAGCAGAGGAGUUGCCGUACCUGAAGUGUCCUUUACACACGGUGUUGAAGCUAACGCCUGUAGCCUAUGGCUGUAAGGUGGAGUCGGUGUGUCUCCAGGUGGAGGCAGUGAACACACACAGGACCCGACCCGAGAACGUAAACGCUCAGCGCAGCACUGAGGAGGCUCUUCAAACGGUCCCGGACCACUUCUAACCCCCAUGAGGACCUCCUGACUCCAUAAGGACCUCUGGACUCCACGAGGACCUUCUGGACCGACGAAGACCUGACCUCCUGGCCCCACGAGGACCUCUGGACCCACCCCUUAAACUACAGCACCUUCCUUAGUGAGGCCACACCUGGUGGAAGCCCUUAAACUACGACACCUUCCUUAGGGAGGCCACACCUGGUGGAAGCCCUUAAACUACGACACCUUCCUUAGGGAGGCCACACCUGGUGGAAGCCCUUAAUCUACAGCACCUUCCUUAGGGAGGCCACACCUGGUGGAAGCCCUUAAACUACAGCACCUUCCUUAGGGAGCCCACACCUGGUGGAAGCCCUUAAACUACAGCACCUUCCUUAGGGAGGCCACACCUGGUGGAAGCCCUUAAACUACGACACCUUCCUUAGGGAGGCCACACCUGGUGGAAGCCCUUAAACUACAGCACCUUCCUUAGGGAGGCCACACCUGGUGGAAGCCCUUAAACUACGACACCUUCCUUAGGGAGCCCACACCUGGUGGAAGCCCUUAAACUACAGCACCUUCCUUAGGGAGGCCACACCUGGUGGAAGCCCUUAAACUACGACAACUUCCACAACCCCCACACUAAACCAUCUGGGACCAAGUUGGAGGUCAUUGGAAGCCGUAGUCUUCAGGCUAUUUGCCCGACUGGACUCCAUGAACCUCCUGUGUCGCAUUAGGAAAACCUAUUUGGGUAAAACAUUCCAAAACGUCUAAAUUCGUCAUUUUGGAAAUUGCACAAUAGCCUGUUCUGAAAUUGUAAAUAUAAUAUUUCAGUGAUAAAUCCAUGUGCCAAAGAAGUGAUGUUUUAGGUUGUCUAACGUGUGUAUUGUAUAUAUAUAUUUGGGAAUAUUAAAUGUGUGCGCCAUUCUUUUUUUAAAUGCAGGCUUAUUUCAAGUGUUUUCCAGGUUCCCUAGAGUAAAGUACAGCUAGUUGAUCAGCUAACUCCUUGUCACAGCUAACCCCUUGUCACAGCUAACCUAACCCUGAUCAGCUAACACUUUGAAACAGCUAACCUAACACCUUGAAACAGCUAACCUAACCCUGAUCAGCUAACCCCUUGAAACAAUCAACCCGUCACAGCUAACUUAACUCUUUGCAACACUUAACCCCUGGUAACAGCUAACCUCUUGUAGUAGCUAGUUGGCCUGAGUUUCAUCUGGUUGUAUAUGAAGCCUCAUUAAUGAAGCUUACGAGAACAGGGCCAGUGGGGA